GUAGUGCGUUAGUCUCCCAAACGCAACACCCAAAGGCCAGAACUCUUAAAGCGUGACUGCUAAAUUUGUAGGGCUUAACCCUAAAAUAUGCAUUAGACUGCUGUCAGCCACUAAGGCUCAGCUUAGCCCACCAGCCACAUUACACUGUAAGGGUCAGGGCACCCGCAUUUGGAGAACGCGACCUGCCCGCUCCCCGCACGCGUCGUCAACUCAUUGUUGAUUCUGGUCUGCGCGUCGUGGUGUUGGUGAGCAUGAUCCAUGUCUACAUCGCGCAGUAGCAGCAGCAGCAGCAGACCAGUAGAAAUAUGGUCUGGACCGUGCGAUACGUCAGACUUGGACGGACCCGAAGUGCUGCUUCAACUCUGGGGCGCGGCUCCCAAGCGGAAGAAGGAGGGCCCCGCGGCGAAAAAGCGGAAGACAUCAGCGUCGGCGGAGUUAGCAAAGCCAGAUGUUUUUGAGGGAAGUAGCUUGAGAGCUAUUGCGUGCGUGGAUACUUCUCAUAUCCCUCUAUGGAUGGCUUCUGGACGGCCCCUAAGAGUAUAUACAUCUGACUCAAAGACCGAAGAGUUCUUUAAGAAGAUAUUCUUGACUGCGACGAUCGCAGAUAGCGGCGUCCUCUCCCGCGCAAUCAUAGUGAAACUCGAGCCACCUUUGCCUACAGUUACAGGUCUUGUAAUUCUCGGCCGGAUUGGCAGCGAGAUGCAAGCAACGACUCAAGAUCGGUUUUCAGGAAAUGCCGCUGAGCCUGCGACCGAUGAUCAAGUGCUGAUCUCUGCCUUCCUACUAAACACCUCGCAUCAACUGAUGCAGACUUCUCCUAGACAAGCCAUUUCGGAUCAGCCGACUUUCUUGAUGCCGUCAGCCGAGGAUAUGCAGGAUACACUACUAUCACACAAACGAAGUCAGAAGCUUGAACGACUUUUAGAGCGGCGAGCGCCUUCAGCAAAGAAAUAGAUGACCCCCGUGAACGCAGAAGUUUCGAUGACUAUUGGAGA